AUGGAGCGCGGUGACCGCCAGCCCCUGGUGAGGAAAUCCAGCUCCUCGUACCGCACCUUCCCGCAGAGCGCUGCCGGGAGGCUCGACAAGGAGUACCUGAGGAGCCUCCACAACAAGCGGCUCUACCUGGCCGUGUUCGCCGCCGUCCUGGGCAACUUCAGCUUCGGCUUCGCGCUGGUUUAUCCCUCCCCCGUCAUCCCCGCCCUGGAGGCUCAUCCCAGCGCUGCGCUGAGGCUGGACCAGCACACGGCGCCCUGGUUCGGGUCGGUGUUCACGCUGGGAGCGGCGGCGGGCGGGCUCAGCACGAUGCUGCUCAACGACUGCCUGGGCCGCAAGCUGAGCAUCAUGUUCUCGGCUGUGCCCUCGGCGCUGGGAUACGCGCUGCUGGCCGGAGCCCAGGGCCUCUGGAUGCUGCUGCUGGGCCGGGUGCUGACGGGCUAUGCCGGCGGAGUGACCUCCGCCUCCAUCCCGGUUUACAUCUCGGAGAUCUCCCACCCGGGGGUCAGGGGGAUGCUGGGCGCCUGUCCCCAGAUCAUGGCAGUGCUGGGCUCCCUCGUCCUCUACGCGCUGGGGCUGGUCCUGGACUGGCGCUGGCUGGCCGUGGCCGGGGAGGUGCCGGUGUUUGCCAUGGUCCUCCUGCUCUGCUUCAUGCCCAACUCGCCCCGGUUCCUGCUCUCCCAGGGCAAGGAGGAGGAGGCCCUGGGCUCCCUGUGCUGGCUGCGGGGCGAGGACACAGAUUAUGCCCGGGAGUACGAGCAGAUCAAGGACAGCGUGAGGAAGCAGAGCCGUCGUGUUUCCUGUGCUGAGCUCAAGGAUCCCUUCCUUUACAAGCCCAUCCUGAUCGCGGCGGGAAUGAGGUUCCUGCAGCAGCUCUCGGGGGUCACCUGCAUCCUCGUGUACCUGCAGCCAAUAUUCAAGAAAACAUCUGUCAUCCUGAAACCAGAGUACGACGCAGCUCUGGUGGGCCUGGUUCGCCUGUCUGCGGUGGCCAUCGCUGCUGUGUCGAUGGAUAAAGCUGGGAGGAAGAUUCUCCUUUUUGUAUCAGCUGGGGUCAUGUUGGUCUCCAACCUGACCAUGGGGCUCUACAUCCACUGGGUGCCAGCUUCUCACAACGGCACCGCUGCCAACGCGACCGUGGCGAGCUCUGCCGGCCUCGCCGCCGAGCCAACAAACUACAUCACCCUCAUCCCCCUCCUGGCAACCAUGUUCUUCAUCAUGGGUUACGCCAUGGGCUGGGGCCCCAUCACUUGGCUGCUGAUGUCGGAGAUCCUCCCUCUCAAAGCCCGUGGGGUCGCCUCGGGCCUCUGUGUGGUGGUGAGCUGGCUGACAGCCUUCACCCUGACCCAGUUCUUCCUCCCAGUCGUGAACGCCUUCGGCCUCGAGGUGCCCUUCCUGUUCUUCGCUGUCAUCAGCGCCGGGAACAUCUUAUUCACAGGCUGCUGUGUCCCUGAAACCAAAGGCAGGUCCCUGGAGCAGAUCGAGGCCUUUUUCAGGACCGGCCGGAGGUCGUUCCUGAGGUAGGAGCUGCCCUUGCCCAGGCUGGAGGGCAAAGCAAACCCGUGCUGCUGGAGGUGGGUGCUGGAGCUCCCCGUGCGAGAGGAAAGGGCAGCGAUGAUCGCCUUGCUCCGGCUGUAGAAGUCCCCAGCUGGAACUUUACCUUCUCUUCCUGUCACCCAACACCACCUGCUGCUCCCUGCACACCUGGGAGGGGAGCAGGUCACCAGCAGGGCCAGGCUGCAGGUAAAGGUGUCCUGGAAGAAUAAAGGUGUGGCU